CGAGUGCGCAAGAAACAAGACAAAAGUGUACUGAUGGCUGGAAAUAUGCCAGAUGAAGAAGAAUAUGAAGAAGUGAAAGUGUGGAACCCUACAGUGGCCAAUCUCACAUUAAUGGCUCUUGGAAGCAGUGCUCCAGAAAUUUUACUCUCCAUCAUUGAAAUUAUUGGAAAUGGUUUUCGAGCAGGCGAUCUUGGGCCAGGAACCAUAGUGGGUAAGAAAUAUUCUACAUGUGUUGUAGAGCGAACUGAGUAUAAGAAGCGUUACAAACUCUAA